CCUGCUCUAGGUGGGUGUGCUUGAGCAGGGGGAAGGAGUUUUGUCUCCGCCCAAGGGCUCGUAAUCCUCCUUUGCAAGAGAACCUGGGAAUCAGACCACCUGGCACAGAAAACUUGUCACCUCUCUGCCCAAAUGAGGGACCUCCACGUCCACUCCCCAUUUUCAUUUCAGUCACAGUUUUGGUGGGGUGUCAGCCUGCUUUGUCAAGAGAUCCCCUGGGAGCUAGCUCCUGAAGGUCAGGAUUGUACUUGGUGUGAUGCCCAGACCAUGUUGGCGGUAAUUGCCCUCACCUUGGCUGUGCUGGCCCUCCAGGAUGGGCCAAAGAGCCAUCAGCAAAUCGAUGUGGCGACGGCUGAGCGGAUGCGGCAGCGUGAGGAAUAUCUGCGUCAGGAGAUGACUCGGCUGCUGCAGGAGAUUGAGCAGAGCAGCAGUGCAGAGGAAGUCACGCUCCUUUCUGCGUUCCAGCAGUGGCUGUUUUCAGCCAUUGAAGAGCUGGCAGUGCUCACUGCGGUCUGUUGGUGGAUCUGGCAAAUCAAGGUUUUUUAUGACUGGUGGCAUGAGCAGGACAGCUCCAGCAGCGAGGAGGAGGAUGAUGAAGAGGAGGAGGAUGAAGAGGAAGACAACGAGGAGGAGUCUGAUGAGGAGGAGGAUGAUGAGGAGCAGGACGACCUCAACGGUGCACCCAGUGGUGUCAGGUCUUUGGCUGGGUCCACGCCAUCACCAACACAGGACCUGCCUGACACACGCAAGGUGGUGCAGGAGCUGGUCGGUGACCUCCUUGGUGUCUGCCGAGUGCUUUGCAAGAAGAAUUUCUUGCCGGAGAUGCACCCGGCCAUUGAGACGGACAGCCUCUAUGAAGCCUGGAGUGUCCAGGAGAACGGCAUCACCUACCGCCCUUUCGUGUUCCUGCGGCCACCCCCUGGGCACUCUUUCAGUGUGGAGCUGGACACCAUGGGGCAGCUGCCAGCAAGGCCCUCCAGAGUCCAUGUGGUGCUGGAGUGCAUCUGCUCGAGCGGAGAGCUGCUGGGGGAUAGCUUCUGCUUUCUCCACCACUCCGAUGAGAAGCUGCCCAGGGAUCAGAGCUCGUCCUUCCUACGCACCCUCUGCACACAAUCCUGCUUAGAUUGGGAUAAAGUCACCUGCUGGGUCCAACAGCUGGUGAGAUCAGCCUGGCUGCUUUUGCCUGAGUCGCACCACUGCCAGCUAACGGUGCUGCCCUCCUCCCUCUCCUGCAAGUUCCAGCUGACAGGCCCUCCCCAGAUGAACAUCUGCACAGAGAUCCUUUUUGCCGUGGAGUGAGGCAGCUGAGGGGCCUGCCUGAGCCUUGAGUAGGCAGAGGGCAGCUUUAGCAGCAGCACACCAUGGCCAGAGAGCCGGGCUGUUGUCGAGACGCUGCUUUGCGGACCCACAGCCAGGCACACCCAGCAGGACAAUUUCCACCUCAGACGUCUGCAGCUCUGCUCCCAUAUCCUGCUGGUCGCAGGCUUGUCCACCCAUGCCUGUGUACCCUGAGGACCUACUUU